AUUGUCAUUCAAAGUCAGGGGCGGACUGACAACUCAUGGGGCCCCCUGGCAAUAGGGGAUCAUGGGGCCCCUGUUUCCUUGCCCAAACUCAAAAAAGCCUAUGACUAAAGGUACCAGGGGCAUCUCAUGGGGCCCCCUACUGACCCCAGGCCCUCAGGCAGUGCCCGAGUUUCCAAAUGGUCAGUCCGCCCCUGAUUUCAACUCAAUAUUUGGAUAGAAUUAUUGGGAUGGUAGUAGAGGUGCCUAGGGACAACAUUUUAAAAGAAAAAUCUAGAGAUCAGUGUAAUGAUAAACAUCUCUGGAGUUUUAUUUCCCACUACCAUUUUCAGUA